GAAGAACGAGGCAUGGGAGGACAUUUCUAGUAAUUUUAAUAACUCGCCUAACGUGUCACAGUGUACGAGUGUAGCAGUUAAAAAAAUGUGGCAAAAUCUAAAAACUAAGGCAAGGGACGCUAAAACGUUGGAUGCCCAAAAAAAAUGGACUGGUGGUGGGCCUGCACCUCCCGCUAUAGGAUCACAAGAUAGCCAGGUCCUUGCAAUAAUCCCCAGUGUGAUGCCUUCAAUAAAUAUAGAAAUAGACAGUGAUGUAAACCAGCCCAGUACUUCCCAAUUAGAUCAAGAAAAUGAUAAUGAUUCUAUGUAUUGGAAAAAUAAAAAGAACAGAAAUGAAAUUGAAGUUAUUGGGGAAGAGAACACACAUUCUCUCCCGGGCUGGCCACUUCAAGAGCCUGCAAAACAAAUUCCCGCUGCAGUUCUCAAGAAAACAAAAGUAGAAGAAACUGUAGAAGACUUGAAAAAAGAACUUUUAAAAAAGGAAAUAGAAAAAGUUGCUCAACAAAUACUACAUGAAAAAGAAAAACAUGAAAUCGAGCUGGAAAUUUUAAAAAUUAGAAAAGAUUUAUUAAAAAAACUAUUAAAUGAUUAAAAACUAAACUAGUAAAUCUUAUUUCAUCAAAUCACUAUUUUGAUUCUGCCAACAAAAAAUUAUGAUCAUUUAUUUAAGUAGGCAUGAUAGAAAAUACAAUUACAAAUUAUUGAUAUUACAUAAUAUCCAGUAGAAGAGCAGAUUAUUCCAUUCUGUCAUUAAGGUACAUAGUCGGGAAUUUUAUAUCUUUUCCUAAAUUAUGUCUCAAAGAUGGUGGGGUCUCAA